AUGUUCUUAUCUUUUUAUCUUCUUCCAUUCCUAUCUAUCUAUCUAUCUAUCUAUCUAUCUAUCUAUUUCAGCCUGUUUAUCAUCUAUCUCACACUAUUCACAUCUAUCUAUCCCUUUCUCUUUCUACUCUUUCUCUUUUUUGGCGGGGGGCGAUUUAACAUCUACCGCUUUUUUUAUUCUUAUCUAUAUGUUCGUAUUUUUUUAUCUUCUUCUAUUCCUAUCUAUCUAUCUAUCUAUUUAUCUAUCUAUCUAUCUAUUUCAGCCUCUUGCUUUCACAAUAUAUUUGUUUACAUCUAUCAAUUUCAACCUGUACAUGAUCAAUCUAUCUCACACUAUUCCCAUAUAACUGCCUAUUUCCCUUUGUUAACAUCUAUCUAUCUAUCUAUCUAUCUAUCUAUCUAUCUAUCUAUCUAUCUAUCUAUCUAUCUAUCUAUAACUCAUUUGUUCUAUCUGAUAGCUUUUCUUCUAGAAACUACAACAAAGGAUGAAUAA